GUGGAACUUAUUCUCAUCGCGUAAUAACCCAUCUGUAUAGCUCGUCAUAUUUAGAGAGCUUGGUAAUUGUUGUAGAGUUGAUUGGCGAUUGGCUGAGCUAUACUUUAUUUGGAACAAGGUUAAUCAGUCAGUUAUUAAAGUUGUCAGAGUACAAUUAGAGAAGGUUCCUUGUGAAAACCUAAGGGAACGCUUUACACUGUAUUUGCGCCUACUAUUUUAGCAUGGACUGUCAUUUCAAAUAACCUCUCUAAUAUUUCGUGAAAAAGUGUAAACCCUGUAUGUAUAAAACAGAGGCGCUAUAUAGUUUCGAGGACGUAUUACAUAUUCUACUCUCUCGCACGUUAAAGCUAUAUGAAGAGCGUUCAUAUUGAAUGCAUCAAAAGCUCUUUUUGUCUAAAGAAAUUCUAGCUUGAGAGGACGUUGGAGAUUAACUAUCAAAUGUCAAUAGUUUAUCAAAAAAUAAUGUGUCGCAAAAAUGCAUCGCGGAAGAAUGCGAAAAAAUUCUAGCGCCUUUCUCGAAGACUGCGUGGAAGAUGAUGAACUUCGAGGGAUCUCUUCCAUAUUUUGGUCAAUCACAAAACUAAUUUCAUUUCACAUUAAAUUAAACUGAUAACAUUUUCUUGAAACUAUGAAAGAUACAGGUCAAAAAGCGUCUUUCUUUCUGAGUAAUCAUCUACUUAGCUGAAAGCUCGUAAAAUCAGCGGAUUGAGAAAACGAGAGUCGCGCAGUCAAGUUUCCUUAUUUUUUCCAGCAUUGCUGGAUAACAACCAUUUCCGAGAGAUUGAGUGUACUUUUCCAGGAAAGAUAUAGUGACUCUGUGACUAACUUAUUAUUUCUGAGGGCAGUAACUGUCUGAUGAUAAGCUUCGAUAUCUUCGCCAGCCGCUAGCAUGAUAAAAUAUUCUAGAACUUUAGGGUAGUUUUGGCUUAAGACCUCCCUCCUCCCCCCUGGUUAGAAAUGCAGCUUUUCAUCAAAAAUAUCGAUUUUGAGAAAAGCACAUGGUUGGAUAGCCCAAAGUGUCUGCUUUCUAGUGACAUAAUUAUUAUAUCGAUAUGAUAGGUUUUUCAUGGUUUCUGAGCGAGUUUUCAAGAACUCAUAUAACAAAAAAAGUGACAUUUUUAUACUCAGAGAGUACAAAGACUUACAUAUGUGCACGCAUGUGGCGCACAUGUUCGUUAGAUCCGCCAUGACCGAUAACCAGAAAUCUUUGCUCUAUUCGACUAAACCACUGGUAAAAAGCUCACCUAUAGAAAGUAUCAACAAAUUAUUUUAGGCUCAAAUAGUUUUCAAGUUAAACGCAUUUAACAGAAUCAAAACUUAUUCUGCGUUUUUCUCAAGACUGUCUUUUAGCUUUAGGACUUUCGCCACGCACAGGAUUUCUCCGUAACGAUACAAUGGAGAAAGAUAAUUUUUUUCGUUUUGCAGACAACACCUGUUGCUAGGAUUUGACAUAGUCCGAUUUUCAAAUUAUACUUCCAUUUUUUAUAGAAAUCAGGAUUUCUCGGACCUUGAAGUUCUAUUAAGCACCAGAAAUCAGUAACUCAGAAAUUCAAACAUCGGGUUCUGUCAACUCUUAGCCGUAGAUAUUUACUUCAAAACAAAAACAGUCCGAGCUCUCUAUCAUUUACCUAAAAUGAGAAGCCCUAAAAUAAUUUUCACCAUCACGAGAAUUCAGGUUUAAAUUAUUUUCCGUUUUCUCGCCAUUUUCUACACCUUCUAAUUCUGUUGCCCUAAUUUGAAUCAAUCAGACUCUACGAGAUUUGCCUACAUUUUUUAUUUCCUCAGGAAAUAUUUUUAAUAAGGUCGACCACUAUUGAGUUUCCUCAUCUAAACAUUGUUAAAAGAGAUCGAGAUUGACUUAAAAUCAAAAAAUUACUUCUGCAUUGAUUAGCAUAGAAAGUGUUGCACUUGUGCCUCAGUGCUAAUGAGGGGACAAAAGGUGCCGCAACGAGUACCAGUCGUCGCAAUUUGCGACAUAUAUGACAAAUUAUUUUUAGUGUGUAUAUCCCGGUUUGUUUGUCUAAACUAGCGAUUUUUUCUGUUAAGGACAAGAAAUGUUUUGUUUGCAGAUCUUCUUUUCUAUCAGUCGGCAUUAUCCAGUUGAAUAGACCAUUUUGAAGCAAAAAAUAAGAACCGUGAUGGGACAGACUGACUAGAUAAACUGUGGAGAAACUCCUGUAUCUCAUUAGAUAGUAAUAUUUUUUAAUUAGCGCAUUUUGCUUCAAUAAAACUUUGUAAUUAAUAACCUCAUAGAAUUCAAAAUGAUAUUUUUUUAAAGAGGGCGUUCAUUUUGGCAUAUCCAAUGUACCAAUAUUUCUGUUAUCCAAUAAUCGAUAUGCAUUCGUUGGACCUCUAAUAGAACUGUCUUGUUUAACAUGUAAUUUUGCCUUUGUCCCUGGUUUUAUAUUUGAAUUGAAAAUAACCGACGGUCAUCUCGAUAAAGUAAUAUUAGCUAUCACAGGGACAGUGGACAUAAAUAUAAUUUUAAACGCAAGUGCAAGUAGUGCAUAUGGUUACGAGCAUAGUUACGCACCCCCUGGUUUUCCAAGUACGACAGCAUCAAUCACAUUUGUGAUUGUAAUUAUUCCAGUUAAUAUACAAAUUAAUUUGGGUUUAUCAAUAACGUUUGGUAUGACUUUUAAUCAAGGCGGUUCUAUAACAACUGGUAUUAGUUAUUCAAAAACAGCUUCAAUUGGUGUCCAAUAUGCAGAUAGUAAAAUAGGCGGUUUAGGGUCUAAUGUAAAGAACGUCCUACAGAGUUUUUUACUCCUUGCCCCCCGCCUAGACUUGUCCUAUAGCAUCAUGACCUGCGGAUCAAUUUGGUUCUCUUUUCUGCUGUACAUUUUCAACUUGAGCAAUAGACUGCAAUUGUCCUAUUUCACGUCUUUUCCAGUCGAUGCGAUUAACUGGUACCAAUAUUCGACUGUUAACUGUUGUUCUCUCUUUUAUUUUUGAGCCCUGUUUUGGUAAGCGAUUCCUCUCUCCGAUAAUUAUCCUUAAACGUACUCUGUCAUACCACGUCGGUUGACCGAUCUUCAGGGCGAAUACUUUUGAUUCCAGUCUUCGUGACUAGACUCACGGGAGUUGAAAACUAUUUUUUCCAGAUUUCUGUUGUUAAGCUGAUAUUGCUCAAAUAUUUCUGUCACUGGAAUAGCUAAAUAACUAAGUUAUAAGAAUUCAACAACCAUUAUUCUAAAAAUUUUAUUUUAAAACACGAAGCAUUUGGCUAGAACUACAGUCAUUGUUAACUACAAACAUGUGGAAAACAGACAGUUGCUGAGGUUCCUUUCCCUUCUAUUCUCUUCUCUUCAAACGUAACAGCUAAUUCUGUGUGCUGUGAACAUUCCGUUCAGCGCUAAAAUCAAGUUCCUUUUGAAAGUGGUUAAGGUUUAAAAGCGAAGAGAGAAAGCACUGGAACUCGUCACUUUUACUUUACUUGAAAUAAAAUAUAUAUAAUUCAAAUACAACUUUUCUAAAGGCGAAUACAUUCGCUCAAACAAAAAGUCUUGUUUGAAUUUACUUUUUCGAAUUACAGUCACAGAAGUGUUUUUUAAAUGCACAUUCAGUAUAUCGAAAUGUUUCUAAUCAGUACUAAACAACAUCAAACGAAAACACUUCUCCAACUUAGCGAGUUUAAAGGCAGAAAAAUGACAGUAACUUAGGAAUAGGCAUAAACUCAUAAAGCGAUGCGAUGGAAAAGCGAUAGGGUGUUGUUCGAUGUCCAACCUAAAUGGAUGUCUUUUCUGUCUAAUCGGUUACACUAACUUCCCACCUGCUAAAUCAGAAUUCCAUAAACCAGCCCCAACAGACGGUUUGGAUUGUCAGGUAUCACUUGGUUUUCAAGUUGCUUUAAGCAUAACAUUGGAAUUUAUUCUAACC